GCCGGAGCUUCCCGGUGAGCGAGGCCGGGAGGGAGCUGGGGACGGGAGCAGCAGUGCCCCCGCGGAUCCCCGCGGCUUCGCGUCUAAAUCGGGCCGGAGAGUGGGACGCUGGCGUGCAGCUGCACCUUGGGAAAGGGUUUCCAGUGUAUCUGGCCUUGUGCUGCCUGCUGUGUGUGAUGGUUGCCAGGCUCUGAGCUUGAAUCUUCAAACCAGCCACCUAAAAGGCAGUGGAGCAAAAUGUUUUUAACAACAGUAUUACUGCGGAAGAGAAUUCCUGGAAAGCAAUGGAUUGGGAAGUACAGGCGACCAAGGCAGGUUACCAUUUCGAUGAAGCAAGCAAUGAUCCGAAGGUUGGAAAUUGAAGCGGAGAACGAAUAUUGGCUCAGCCAACCUUACCUGACACAGGAACAGGAAUACAAACACAACACGGAAGAGAGACGUGCCAAGUGGGAAGCUUUCAAAAGCCUGAAACAAGCCAAGUUUCCUGAGCACAGAUACAUCAGCGAUCAUUUAAACCACUUAAAUGUGACAAAGAAGUGGACAUGUUGAAUAAUGCAGCAUAUUUAUAUUUGGCACAUGUCGUGCACUACCCUGGGAUCUGCUCUCAUACCUGUUACGGUAUUUCACUGUGAUUAGGGUGGGUGACAAAUAAGAUGUGGCUGUGGUGUACAAAAUAUGACAUUAAAAGUAGUCCUCUGUAACAGCCUAUGUUUAAUUA